AUGUAAUGAGUUAUUUCAAUUAAAAUAAAUUGUAUGUUGUGAAAGAGACCGGAUAUGUGGCACAAUACUAUCUCACUUCCGCCACACUCGGAAAUCCCAUACGCACGGGAUCAGCGGGUUUUCUUUGGUGAACAAGAGAUUAUGGUGAGCAGGUGAAGUGCAGCUGCAUGCAAGAGAGUCAGAUAGAGAGAUAAUACACGGUAUUUGUGCAAAAUGACGACGACGACAACAUUUAAAGGGAUGGAGCCCGGUGCAAAAAGCAGUUCCAGGGUUCUGCGUCCUCCUGGUGGUGGAUCCAAUAUUUCUUUUGGCAAUGAAGAUGAGAAACCAGUUCGAGUAAACAAGAUGGCCUCCAGUGUCUUUGCUGAACCCGAGGACCCCUAUGCCAAUCGCAGGAAUAACCCACCAGGUGGGGAGCCCACUGGUGUGCUUUGUGGAGAGUCCUCCGCUCCACUGAGAAGAAGAGACCAAUCCACCGCUAACUCAGCUGCUACUGAACAGUCCUGUGCUGAUACUGAGAAUGGUGCCAGUGCUGAGGCGAGCUCUGAGCAGCAGGCUGAAGUGUCUCCAGCCGAAGAGCCUGGUGCAGGUCUCCCCUCCGGCCGCAGAAACCCUCCAGGGGGCAAAUCCAGCCUUAUUCUGGGAUGAAAACCUCACAGCCAUCUGUUACCUCCGUCCACCUCUGUUUAAUUUCUGUGUUCAUUGUAUCUGUAGUUAUCAACUCUGAGGUCCUGGAAUAGUGAAAUCCUUGUUUACAUCCUGAAGUGCAUUAUUCAAUACCUCUCUUAUGAUAACUUUUUUCUACUGAUUAAUUUCUUUGGUUAAAAGCACUUUAUGUAUGUCUUUUAUUUUUAAUUCAAAGUCACCUGUGCCAAACCAAGAGGGGUACUGUACUAGUAUUGUUCUUUUUAUUAUAUGUGCCCGAACGUCAGUGGAAGAGCACAAGCUGUAGGUGAUCAGAAUCAAACUGAAUUUAUUUGGGUUUUUUAUGCUGUGCUACACGUUGCAUGCAAUCUGGUAUGUAUUGUGAGAAUGUGAUAAAACAACAUAAUCAUCAAAUUUAAAGAUUCUUACUGUGCGAUUCUUGUAAAUUUGCAUGAAUUUUUUUUUUUUUUCUUGGUUUUAAAACUGUUUUUAAGAUAAAACUGCCAAAGUGGUUCUCAAUUUGAUCGUACUAAGAACAUAAGGGGAAAAACAAUUACUUUUGGCUUUACAAUCUUGUAAGCUUGUAAAUUUGCCAAUAUUGUCAGCCUAAAAGAAAAACUCCUUUUUGUAUUCUAUCUUGAAUUGCUUGUUUUGUAUUUUUCAAUGAAACGCUGUUGGCUGUUUUAGUGUAGUGUUAUGGAAAAACUUAAAUUUUAAGUGACCUUAACUGCUCAUGUCCUCAGUCCGGAAGAAACUCCGGAAACUAAUAGGCUAUUACUGAUCAUACCUGCCUUCAACUCCCAGGUGUCACCCUUGUACCACGUUUUGGCAAAAAUAAACCUUAUUUGCAACGUG